AUGACGUCAUAUAAUGACUCCUCAACAGGAAUUGGUUUCCUAUUGACCAACACCUGGUGGGAGAUUAUCUGCUGUGAGGUUUUGGAGGCUAUCGAGUUUAUGCCAUUACACGAAGGCACAGUAACCUUUAUUGUAUGGAGGGCUUCGGGGAGCUCCUAUACAGUUGUAGCGACGGCAUCCUACGCUGUAACUGCGGAAGAAGCUAACGGCACCUUGGCAGUAAACUACACAUUUCCGCUUGGCGAGAGAAUGAUAACCAAAACUGGUGACAACCUCGGAUGGUAUACAUCUGGUCCCAAUAUGAUUCCAUUUAUUACCUGUACGGGAGAAGAAACGUGUCCCAACGCUACUAAGAAAGCAGUCUUUGCAUCCGAACCAACAGCUGGGGAUUCGUUUGCCUGGGGUUCACAUGGUAGCGUGGAUACGCUAACAGAUCGAGCAUAUGCCAUAAAGUUUUACACUAACGCAAAUACGGCACCAUACGUCAAUCAGACGGAGUUUUCAGCAUUCGUAAAGGACCAUGAACCAAUAGGCACAUUUGCCAUAGACUACACGAUAUUCACUGAUGAAGUAGGCGACCCGCUUACCCAUUCAAUUAACCAUGCAGAGGAUUACUUUGAACUAAACACAACUUACGAUCCAACACGCUUGUUUUUGCAACCUCCUGUGUACUUGAAUCUGCCAACAGAACUUACGAUUGCCGAGGAUGUUUCAGACCAACGGUUGGUAUGGCAAGUAGAUGUGUAUGAUCCUUCUGAUAACGAUUCUAUUUGCUGUACUUUGGCAAAAGUGGAACCAGCAUCCUUCAACUUCGAAAUGAGAUUUACAAAUAACUCAUACAACAUAUUCCUGACGGCCAGUGUCGCAUUCGACUACAAAGAAAUAAGCGAUUUUUAUAAGCUUAGAGUAUGCUGUUCCGAUGACACUGGGACGUCGAUGAGCUUCAUCGACAUCGAUAUUACUAACGUCGUCCUUGAAAAUGCCUACGUUCCACCAUCUUGGUUCUUCCUGGCGCUUGUGUGCAGUCUAAUCCCUAUAAUGAUCACUUUCCUAAUUGCGUGUCUUAUUCUCUUCAUUACGAUGUUCUGUGAUCCGGAAUUGAAUUAUAUCAUCAUCUAUGAUGAUUAG